AUGGAAAUUGGUUCGGCCCAGCGCACGCAGGGCGGAGCUUCAUCUUCGUUUUCCCGCAAAGAAAAUGUGAUCCAGAGUCUGCAAGACACACCAGAUGACAGCCUGGUGAUUUUCCGGGUGGCCAACAAGCGGCCGCAUCUACGCAAGAGACCCCUAGCAUCAGUGGAUGGCAUCCUGCCGCAUGACAUGACCAUUCGUAUCUACGAUGUGAUAUCUAUGAACCCCGAAGCAGCAGAGGUCUCUGCGGUUCCCAGCAAACAUCAAGAUCUGCCUCUGGUGCACCUCUUCAACAAGAUGAGAGAUGAUGUGUGUCAGGAUAUGUUGCUUCACAUGCAACAAUGGCAGAUGCGAGAUGCACUGCCCCUGCGAUUUGCUUCGCAUGUCACUGGCUUGUGCUCGGCAGCAGAAAAUAUGUUGCGUGAACUCCUGGAGGCCAGGGCUGUGGAGGGCACCGGCAAGACAUUCGAUGCAUCAUGCUUUUCACAGGAAGACAGCGGCAUCUUGGAUGUUCUUCUCCAAAAGAACUUAGUGAAGAGAUGCGGCGAGCAGGACAUUGUGCUGAGCAAAGACACACUGCAAUGCGAUGCAGUGCACCUGCAUCAGCCCCUCCAGGUUGACGAUGAUGAUGUGGUCUUCAAUCUACUAGCGAGAGGUGGGGCUCCAAUGGAGGGUCGUGGUGUGCCUGCCGAUGCUGCAGCUGUUCGUGGUGAUGAUGAUAGAGACACAGACACUGACAGUGCCUGCGAUGCCAGCGACGAUGAUAGUGCAGAAGCAAGAACUGGAGUGGGCAGACAUGGUCAAUCAAGACGUGAUGCCAUUGCCCUCGUGCUACCGAAAGUGACAAAGUACCUUCGCAAGCAUCAUGCUGCUGCAGCAAGAGCGGCAGAGGAACUUCAGCAGGUUCAGCUAGUGCGCGAGGCCUUAAGAUAUUAUGCCGCUCGCAAGCGGAAGUACAUCGUCUGGGGUGACGAGGGUCAACCUUACAAGUCCCGCUACAAUGUGGAGAGGGCAAUCGUCAAUCUAUAUUGGCAGGAUGUAGUGGCAGGUCUGCCUGUGUGA